AUGGCACUUUUUUGCACUCUUGGUAUGUUUAUAAUAGACGAGAACCGGUAUCCCGCUUCCUCCAAUCGUCCUAACGAUUACGAUAUUAUAGGUGGAGCCGGUCUGUACGCAUUAAUUGGAGCGCGCAUUGUAGCGGGAGAAAAACAAAGUAAGUCGGUGUGCGCGAUAAUAGAUAAAGGAUCGGACUUUCCGCACCAAGUGGAGCGAGAAUUACUAGCAUGGAACACCGGAACUAUCUUCCGAGAAGACAAAACAAGAUUGACUUCUCGUGGUGCCAAUAUCUACGAUGAACAGGGUAUACGUCAUUUUGAGUAUCUCGCUCCAAAAAAGAGAAUAGAAGCCAAGGAUGUUGUGGCUAAUGACUAUCUUUUGCACUCCAAAUGUUUCCAUUUGAUUUGUUCGGUAGACAGGUGCAAAGAAUUGGUGGAGUCAAUUGGGGCUAAUACUACUGAAAAUCCUAUAUUUAUCUACGAGCCAUUACCAGACGACUGUAUUUCUGAAAACUUUGAUAAAUUGCUGCAAUUAUUACCCCAGAUUGAUAUCUUCACACCAAACUUAAACGAGGCAUGUCUGCUUGUGGGUGAAACAGAAUUGCCAGACACUGAGGAAGGUUUGGACAAAAUUGCAUCUAAAUUCUCUCGCUAUCUUUCCAAGCCUAAAUCUGGCCUUGUCUUACGAUGUGGAGCCCUUGGUUGCUACGUGGAUGCUGAGGGAACCAGCCAGUUAUAUCCCGCUUACCACCAGGAUCAGAGCAAAGUUAUUGAUGUCACAGGCGGCGGAAACCUGUUUUGUGGUGGAUUUGCAGUGGCCUAUGUGCUCACAGGAAAUUGGCAAACUGCCGCAAUUUGUGGAAAUAUCGUCAGUGGAUGUAUUAUAGAACGACUUGGCAUGCCGAAAAUGGGCGUGGAGAAUGGCAGAGGUGGUGAGACUUGGAACGGUACUUCUUUUGAAGAACGUUUGAGAAUAUAUGCCGAGAAGAACCCAGCUUUAAAUCUCGGUGAUCUUCUUCUGUCUUCUUCAAAGCAGUAA